AUGACAGCCAUCAUCAAAGAGAUCGUUAGCAGAAACAAAAGGAGAUAUCAAGAGGAUGGAUUCGACUUAGACUUGACCUAUAUUUAUCCAAACAUUAUUGCUAUGGGGUUUCCUGCAGAAAGACUUGAAGGCGUAUACAGGAACAAUAUUGAUGAUGUAGUAAGGUUUUUGGAUUCAAAGCAUAAAAACCAUUACAAGAUAUACAAUCUAUGUGCUGAAAGACAUUAUGAUACCGCCAAAUUUAAUUGCAGAGUUGCACAGUAUCCCUUUGAAGACCAUAAUCCACCACAGUUAGAACUUAUCAAACCCUUUUGUGAAGAUCUUGACCAAUGGCUAAGUGAAGAUGACAAUCAUGUUGCAGCGAUUCACUGUAAAGCUGGAAAGGGACGAACUGGUGUAAUGAUUUGUGCAUAUUUGUUACAUCGGGGCAAAUUUUUAAAGGCACAAGAGGCCCUAGAUUUCUACGGGGAAGUAAGGACCAGAGACAAAAAGGGAGUAACUAUUCCCAGUCAGAGGCGCUAUGUGUAUUAUUAUAGCUACCUGUUAAAGAAUCAUCUGGAUUAUAGACCAGUGGCACUGUUGUUUCACAAGAUGAUGUUUGAAACUAUUCCAAUGUUCAGUGGCGGAACUUGCAAUCCUCAGUUUGUGGUCUGCCAGCUAAAGGUGAAGAUAUAUUCCUCCAAUUCAGGACCCACACGACGGGAAGACAAGUUCAUGUACUUUGAGUUCCCUCAGCCGUUGCCUGUGUGUGGUGACAUCAAAGUAGAGUUCUUCCACAAACAGAACAAGAUGCUAAAAAAGGACAAAAUGUUUCACUUUUGGGUAAACACAUUCUUCAUACCAGGACCAGAGGAAACCUCAGAAAAAGUAGAAAAUGGAAGUCUAUGUGAUCAAGAAAUUGAUAGUAUUUGCAGUAUAGAGCGUGCAGAUAAUGACAAAGAAUAUCUAGUACUCACUUUAACAAAAAAUGAUCUCGACAAAGCAAAUAAAGACAAGGCCAACCGAUACUUUUCUCCAAAUUUUAAGGUGAAGCUGUACUUCACAAAAACAGUAGAGGAGUCAUCAAACCCAGAGGCUAGCAGUUCAACUUCUGUAACACCAGACGUUAGUGACAAUGAACCUGAUCACUAUAGAUAUUCUGACACCACUGACUCUGAUCCAGAGAAUGAGCCUUUUGAUGAAGAUCAGCAUACACAAAUUACAAAAGUCUGA